AUUAAAAUCGAACACGUGGUGGUCUGCUGCUGGCUUUGAAGGGGACCGGCAUGGCCUCUUUUCUGCAAUCGCCCUUCUCUCAAUCCCCCGACGUCUUCCCAGUACAACAGUUAAUAAAUUUCCGUGCCCGCGUGCUUCUAGAUGGGAUCGACCCUUCGUACACGAUCGUGCCAACAAGGCGGAGUAGCAGAGAUGUUAAGAUCGUCCUUUUCCUCGUGCCCCCCAAAACCAACCUCUCAUCAUCCCAUCCCCAAGACCCAAAACCAGUCUCUAACAUUGAUUCGCGCAGAGGCGCACAGAUCGCACAGAAAUGAAGGAGUUCUGGACAUCCCUGGCCUCCCUCCUGGGCGUCCUGGCCUUCUGCCAGACCCUACUCCAGGUGAUGUUCCCGCCGGAGCUCCGGGUUGCCUCCCUCCACUUCCUGAACUACAUCAUAAAUAAGGCCAACGAGAUCCGCCACAAGAACCGAGAACGCCUCCUUUAUAUUCACUCGCGCCGCGGGUUGCUCUAUUCCCGGGGCCACCCGUGGGAAUCCGAGCCGUUCAAGCACCCGAGCACCUUCGACACGUUGGCCAUGGACCCGGAGAGGAAGAGGGACAUCGUGGAGGACCUCCGCUACUUCGCGGCCGGGCAGGCCUUCUACCAGCGGGCGGGCCGGGCCUGGAAUCGGGUGUACCUGCUCUAUGGCUCGCCCGGGACGGGGAAAUCGAGCAUGAUCGCCGCCAUGGCCAAUUUCCUCGGCUACGACAUCUACCAACUCGAGCUGCCCCAUGUGCACACCAACUCCGAGCUCCGGAAGCUCCUCAUGAAUACCAGCUCCAAGUCCAUCGUCGUCGUCAUCACCGGCACCGACUGCUCGGUCAAUCUGUCCAACAGGUCGGAGGCGCCCUAUGCCACACCACCUCGUAGCUACUACGACCCCGGCGCGCCUGAGGCAACCCGCGGCAGCGAGGACGGGAAUAACAGCAUGGUCACCCCCUCCGGGCUGUUCAACUUCACCCAUGGUCUAUGGUCAUGCUGCGGGAGCGAGAGGAUCUUCGUGUUAACCACCAACCACAUCGAGAAGCUCGACCCCGCAUUCCUCGAGAGAAGCCGCAUAAACAUGCGCAUCCACAUGAGCUACUGCUCGUACCCGGCGCUCAAGAUCCUGCUCCAUAACUACCUGGGUAGCGCGGCCGAGGACCUGAGCGAGGUGGUGUCGAGCGAACUCCGAGAGGCGGUCGAGAAGGCCAAGAUGACGCCGGCGGACAUAAGCGAAGUCCUGAUCGAGAACCGGAGGAACAAGGAGAGAGCCGUGAGCGAGUUGCUCGAGGUGUUGAGGGCGAGAGCGGAGAACGAGAAGUACGAGCUGAACACGAUGGAGGAGGAGGAGGAGAAAGAGGAGCAAGAGGAAAGAGAGAAGAGGACUCUGGAGAGCCCGAAAGAAGGGAGCGACUGCGGUGACGAUUCCUGCAAGGUGGAAGAGGAUGAUGAAGAGAAGAAAGCAAUAUGAGAGGGAAAAUCAGUUCGUCCCUUUUUCAUUUUCUUUUCACUUUUAUCUUCUCUCUUUUCCCCCCUUUAUUUUCUCUUCUUUAUGGGUUAGAAAUGAAAAAUGGAAAAGCAAAUUUGAUCUGUUGGGAACAGAUGGUUGAUUUUUGCUCCUGUGCAAGAAUUUACCAUUUUCCAAAGCAACAUAUCAAAUGAAUUUCACUUUCUGCUUGUGCUUGGUUUUGCGAUUUGGAGGAUUAUGUUAUAGGUUUGGGCUGUAUUGAAA